AUGCACAUUUAUAACUCUCCCAAAGUAAACUAUUUUUAUGCACAAAAAUUUAAAACAUACGUCCAGGUUCCUUCCCAUACAACCGUCUGUCUUCAUUGUUAUCUGCAAUGGGCAUUCGGCUACAAUCAGGGUACUCAAAAUCUAAAUCCAAUCGAUAGAUUAAUCCAGUGGUAUUUUCGAACAUUGAAGUGA